AUGACGGUUAUGGCUACCAAAUUUACUCCCGAGGUGCUUCUCUCUGCCCCUCGUCGUAGUUCCGCCGUACCUAACAGCACCGGCACCCUCGCUUUAUUUGCUGUCUCUCAAUACUCUUUCGAGACUCACUCCAAAGACUAUGCCAUCAAGGUUCUAGAUAUCAAAUCUCGUCAGUCGACUCAAUUAUUUGACAACUCGACUUUAACCGAGCCAACCUGGAUUUCCGAAACUGAAUUCAUUUUCAUAAAGAAUGAUGACAACAAAACGUCUCUCCUUGUAGCAGAUGCAACUCAGCCGGGCUCAGAGCCAUAUGAGGUUGCCAUCUUCAACACCUCGAUAUCCAAUAUCAAGGCGAAGGAUAUCGGUAAUGGUACCGUAGCAUUCGCCGCCACGGCUCCUACUACAUCGUCAGGAAAGCUAUUGAACUCGGAAGAUGAGAAGAAGCCCCUAUCAUCCGGCAAAGUUUAUACCAGUCUAUUUGUACGACACUGGGAUUCGUACGUCUCUAAACACAGACAGGGGCUCUUCUACGGCGCACUGAAGAAAGAGGGGAAAUACUGGAGCUUGCGGGAUCGAAACCUAAUAAAUGCUCUAGCAGGUACAAAACUUGAGUGCCCGGUUCCGCCUUUCGGAGAUGCCAGUGAUUAUGAUAUCGGGAAAGAGGGAAUAGUUUUCGUAUCCAAGGACCCGGAGCUGAACCCUGCGUUGUGGACCAAGACCGACCUCUACUACGUGCCGCUCAAGACUUUCACCGAGGCAAACCCCCCUCAACCCCAAAUCGUUAAGACAGGAGCGCUACAAGGCUACGCAGGUGUUCCGGUGUUCUCGCACGAUGGUACCAAGGUUGCGUUUAAGCGCAUGAGGAAUCGGCAGUACGAGUCUGACAAGUGGCGUCUAUUACUGAUCCCCGACAUCAAAGACCUAAGCAACGUGCAGGAGUUUUAUAAGACCGAAGAUGGCGAGGGCGGCUGGGACCUACGGCCGGAAGGCAUUGUGUGGAGCAACGACGACAAGGAACUAUACGUGACAGCCGAAAAGGAGGGCCGACAGAUCCUAUUCAAACUGCCUUCGAGCCCCUUAGAGGCCAAGGAGCUACCACAACCCCUGACCAAAGACGGUGCAGUUACUGACUUCCACAACUUAUCCCAGAGCGACGGAAGUCUCUUCCUCACAUCCAACUCGCUCAUCGACAACUCCUCCUACUCCAUCAUCGACCCCGAGUCCAAGGAGCUAGGCCUCAUCUCAUCGAGCUCCAAGGAAGGGAAAUCGUUCGGCCUGACGAAGAGCCAAGUCGACGAGUUCUGGUUCAAGGGCGCGGGCGAUUACCAAGUCCACGCCUUAGUCGUGAAGCCGUCCAACUUCGACCCUAGCAAGAAGUAUCCGUUAGCGUUCCUUAUCCACGGAGGACCGCAGGGCGCUUGGGGGCAGAGCUGGAGCACGAGGUGGAAUCCGGCUGUGUUCGCAGAGCAGGGCUACGUUGCGGUUAUGCCGAAUCCGACGGGCAGUACUGGGUACGGGCAGAAGUUCACUGAUGGGAUUGCGCAGGAUUGGGGUGGACGGCCGUAUAAUGAUCUGGUAAACUGCUUCGAGCACAUCUCAGAUAACAUCCCUUACAUCGACACGAACAACGCCGUGGCCCUAGGCGCCUCCUACGGCGGAUACAUGAUCAAUUGGAUCCAAGGCCACCCCCUAGGCCGAAAAUUCAAAGCCCUAGUAUGCCACGACGGCAUCUUCAGCACCAUGAGCAACUGGUCGACAGAAGAGCUCUUCUUCCCAUCCCACGACUUCGGCGGCACCCUCUGGGAGAACCGCGACGGCUACGCCCGCUGGGACCCCGCCGCCUCCGCCGCGAACUGGGCUACCCCCCAGCUCGUCAUACACUCGGAGCUCGAUUACCGGUUGCCGAUUUCGGAGGGGCUGGCUGCUUUUAAUACCCUUCAGACUCACAACAUCCCGAGUCGCAUUUUGAUAUUCCCUGAUGAGAACCACUGGGUGUUGAAGCCCGAGAACUCGCUUGUUUGGCAUAAGGAAGUACUGGGCUGGAUUAACAAGUGGACUGGCCUGGACACUACAGGACUGGCUGGUGACACGGAGGAUCUUAGUAUCUGA